AUGUUAAUGGAUGAUGGUAAACUUAUUGAACAAACAUUAACUUUUCAUUUAACUGCACCUUCGUCAAUUGACACAUCUGAUUUGGGAAUAUCGGGAAAUAGUAAUAAUAACAGUACUACUGAUAAUACUACUACUACUACUCCUACUCCUACCAGUACAACUAAUACUACUACUCAUAUGACUACUAAUACUACUGUUAAUAAUCAUGUCGACUCAGUAUAUGGGAAUCAUAACAUGAAAGAAACAAAUUCAUCCAUUGGUACAGUUCCUACACGUAUACAAUCACCUGUUACAAGUGGUAGUCCGUUAACUUUGGAUCAUUGGUCAGCUACAUUGUUGGCGGCACAAGCGUUGGUCAGAACAAAAAAAGUAUUUAUUGGCGGUGUCUCCACUGGAACUACAGCGGAUGAGCUGAAAACAUUUUUCAGUGAAUUCGGCAAGGUGGAAACAUGUGAACUGAUGAUGGAUAAAGCAACAAGUCGUCAUCGAGGUUUUGGAUUUGUGACAUUUGAAAGUGAACAAGCAGCUGAAAAAGUUUGUUCAAUUCAUUAUCAUGAAUUAAAUGGUAAAAUGGUUGAAGCAAAACGUGCUCUACCAAAAGAAGUAUUAAGUUCAAGUAAUGCUUUAGUGAAACAACGAAGUUUAUUACCGAAUGCAUUUGCACUGUCGAAUGAAGUCGAUUCAGCAGCUACAGCAGCUGCCACAAUUGCUGUCGCCGCUCUGGCAUCAAGACAACAACAACAACAACAGCAACAACAGCAACAUUAUCAAAAUUUACAAAACUCAGGAUCUGCAUUUGUAUCGCUUGCUUAUUCAUCGUUGAUACCAUUCAGUAAUCAAUUACAACCAUUUUCAUUCACAUCGAAUAAUUAUGUUGGUCAACAACCAUUGACCACAACUAAUUUAUCAUUGGAUUCCUCAGGUAUACCACACCAUCAUCACCAACAUCACCAACAUCCACAACAACAUUCACAUCAUUCAAAUCCCAUGGAAUUGACACCAGCAAGUGUAUUACAAAAUGGUCAUGCUUCCACCACAAUGCCAAGAUUUCCACAACUCACUAUUCAAUCCGAUGUAAAUCUUCCACCGUCUUGUCCAUUAACUUUCAAUUAUAAUUCACCUACAGCAUAUUUAAAUUCCCCGGGGUCAUUUACAUCAGCUGGUAAUUUUUUAUCAACAACAACAACUAUACCAAAUAUAUUGAAUAUUACACCGACUGUUGGUGCAAUUCAAACCUUAUUACCAAAUUUAACAUAUAACAUUUUAACUACACUUCAACAUGAUCAACGCAAUCCGUCAUUUGCAACAAAUCAAUCACAACAACCAGCAUUAGGUCAACCACAACCACAGCAACAACAACAGUCGUCGUUAUUACAUCAACAUACUCAACCGAUGCCAACGAUCCCAUUGGACAUUGAAACAUUGAAACAACAAAUUCAAUUUCAAAAUUGGUCCACUGCAACUCCAUAUUCAUUGAUAACAUUAAAUCAAAAAACUUUAGGACAAAUUCAAUCACCUACAAAUUUGUUAAAUUUUACUCCAAAUCAAAAAAUCACCACCACCAGUUUACAACCACCCGACGGGACAACACUCACAACACCGACAACUCCCACGACUCCAUUGAAUCUUACUGAUACAUCGCCUACCAUGUGGUUACUUCCAGCGAAAAUUCCACGAGUUCACUAAUAGACAAUCCUCUGCUCCUGGCUGGAUACAUCAAAAUCCUCUUCAAUGAACAGCAAAUCCACCUAACUUACAUCACUUAGCCAACCUAUUCAGUUUGACCUAUUCUUUCUUUAAUUAUUCCCAUAUUCCCUUCUAUAUAAUCAAGUCAUCUGUUUUGUUUUAAUGAAUUCCUCGAACAGAACAGAACAGAAUAGAAGAGAACAGCAAAAUUCGUUCAAUAUUUUCAACAGUCAACACAAUCAUUGUAUUUUCU